AGAUGCAGUUAUCCAGAAGUGCUUGUACGAUUGGGGCCAAAAGAAAGUCACACAGUACCAAUAUGUCCAAAAGAUGCUUCGGAUACACCAAAAUCUGAUGUCUUCGUUUGUGAUGGUCUGGUAUGCAAUCGAUGUCGAUGCGACGUCAAACGGGGCUAUAGGUUAUCGAACGAUACGGCGCAAGCGGAAUGUGUAAUGUUCUGUCCGCGAAUACGUACACGUGGAUCAUUGGCCGCUUGCCUGCUUCUUAAACAACAGAAAGGAGGAUCAGUGAUAUUGGACUGUGUUUUGACAAUUGAUUUUAUCGAUAAUUAUCGAUUGUCGAUGAUUGAUGCUGAUUUUUAUGAACUGAAUAAAUUUUGA